AUGUCGCCUCAAGCCCUGCCCGACUACCCGACUGGCACCUCGCUCAAGCCCUGGAAGACGGUCAACGUCAGCUCGGGCGUCAAGCGCAUCUCGAACCCCAUCCGCGAGAUCCUGGCCGGCAUCGACCUGUCUGCGCCUGUCGCCCAGGGCCCCAAGCAGCUCGUGAACCUCGGCCUUGGCGACCCGAGCGUCUUCGGCAACCACGCGCCCGCGCCCGAGUCGAUUGCCGCCAUCGAGGAGAGCCUCAAGUCGGGGCGUUCCCUCGGCUACCCCGAGAGCGUCGGGUACGCCGAUGCGCGCGAGGCGGUCGCCAACUACUUUGACGAGGGCCCCAACGGCAACUGGAGGGUGACCAAGAACGACGUCGUCAUGACCCACGGCGCGUCGGGUGCGCUCGAGAUGGCCAUCUCGGUCCUCGCCGACGAGACCAAGAACGUCCUCUUCCCGCGGCCCUUGUUCACCGCCUACGAGACGAUGUCGGCCAUCUCGCGCUGCGAGAUCCGCUACUACGACCUGCUCCCCGAGCAAGACUGGGAGGUCGACCUGGCGCACCUCGAGUCGCUCAUCGACGAGAACACGGCGUUCGUCAUGCUCAACAACCCGUCCAACCCGUGCGGCUCCAACUGGUCCGAGAAGCACCUGCGCGACAUCGCCGCCCUCAUGGCCAAGCACCAGACGCUCGUCAUCACCGACGAGGUCUACGCCGGCCUCGCGUGGGACGUGACCGGUCCUCGGCCCGCAGCCGCCGACGCUCCUCGCGUCGAGGGCAAGUUCAACCGCGGCGUGUUCACACCGUACGCGUCCAUCUGCGGCCCGUCGCCGUGCCUCGUCGUCGGCGCCGUCUCGAAGCGGUGGCUCGCUCCCGGCUGGCGCCUCGGCUGGGUCAUCGUGCACGACCCGCUCGGCGUCCUCGCCGAGGUGAGGGGCGGCCUCGCCAAGUGGGCGUUCCGCAUCCAGGGCCCCAACUCGACGAUGCAGCGCGCCCUGCCCGCCAUCCUCGCCAACACGCCCGAGCGGUUCUACCUCGACACGAUGGCCGAGCUCAAGCGCACGGGCGAGGCGCUGUACGACCGCCUCGAGCGCAUCCCGGGCCUCACGCCUCGACGCCCGCAAGGUGCGAUGUACUUGUGCUGCCAGUACUCGGGCCUCGACCUCGAGGACGACAAGGCGUUCGUCACGGCCUUUUACGACGAGGAGCGCGUCUUUAUCUUGCCCGGCGCCGCCUUCCGCCUCGACGGCUACAUCCGAUUCGUUACGACCACCCCUCUCCCCGUCCUCAUGGACGCCUGCGACCGCCUCGAGGCUUUCUGCAAGCGUCACGUCAAGUCGGCCUAGACGUUCCCGACCCUCGCCACCAACACGCUCGCUCUCGUAGACUCUCCUCGCUCUCUCUGUUGCCCCUCCCUACCUCUCGUCGCAGUACACUCUCCCCUUGGUCGCUCCGUCUAGACUUUGCAUCGCUAGAGCGCAUCUUUCUCA